UUUUAUGUCAUUUAUUGCCGAGUUUCUAUUAGUGACUUUUACAGGAACGUUGAUGGAAAUAGAGCGUUUCCGGUCGGGGUGUUUUCGGGGAUGCACUGAGUUGUCCCAAGAAGUGUUCCGCGCAUGCGUGGGCUGACAGCUAGUUAGCAAGAUGGUGGCGACCAGGAGGGGCACGCGUGGGGCGCCCCAGGACGGGGACGAGGGGGAGAGGAGCGCGGCGGAGCAGACACCAGAAAAGGUUAUUUCACCAACUUCCCCAGUGCAGACCCGGAGAUCUCUUAGGAAAGAUGUACAGGCUUCUGAUAAUAGUACAGAUGAGGGCAAAUCUGUGGUAACGAGUAAAAGCCCUGUGAAAUCAAGUACACAGAUCACCACCAGAAGUAGGCACAGAAGUGGACAGUCAGGUGCAGAUAUUUCUGAAGCAGAAUCUACUGCCUCCAAUUCUUCCACUAGAAGAACUCGCAGCAGGCCAAACCUUGGAGGGGUAACGGACUCCGCCAGAAAGCUGAGAAGUCUCCGGUCUGCUGUGAUCACUGAACCCAUUAUUGAAUCCAAGGAAAAUGCAGAGCUAUCAGAAGCAGAAUCAAAUUGCUCAUCAGUUUCUACCCGAGCCAGGAAAAAGCAACCUGGAACUGCCUCACGUUUGGCUUCUACUAGGAGUCAAAGGUCAGGUUUCGUUCCACAACCCACAUCUGAUUUUUCAGAGGCAGAAUCAACUUCUUGUCCUGUGUCAGGCACAAGAACCAGGGCCAUUAGGUCUACAAGGAGCUCCAGUGGAAGACAUCUGUCUCAAAAGGAAGACGCCUCUCAGACGGAGCAAACAUCCGAUGCUGAAUCCUGUAGUUCUGGAGUUUCUCUACAGCCUCUUGCUAGACGUUCGAGUAGGAGAAAGAAAUUACAAUUACAUUCAGAUGAGGUUGAGCUCAUUGGUAAAAUGAGUAAAGAUGACACUCGAGGUCAAGAGAUUCUGAAGAUGCAGAGUCCUAAGAUAGAUGGUGAAAAAUCAGAAGCCCUGUCUUCCGCGGGAGAAGAAAACGUUUUACCUUCCCCUCGUAGGAGUUUCCGAAAUAAACCAGCAAUUCCGAAAGACGAGGUUAUUGUUAUUGAUGAUGAUGAUGAUGAUGAUGAUGAUGAUGAUGAACCUGAAAGUAGUGUUAUAAACAAAGCUUUGGAUGUAGAACCUCUAGAAGUUGACGAAACAUCUUCCGCUAAAGAAGUUGACUUGCCUCUGGAAACCAGUGCCAUGUCAUCAUUACAAUCCGGUGAAACUCGGCCAGAAGAAAAUCUCCCUGAUCAUCUUCAACUUUCAGACAAUUUAAUGGAAGAAGAGCCAGCCUUAGAAAAAAGCCAGGUCCCAAACGACAAAGAUGCUACAGAAGAAAGUAAUGGAGAUCUUCAGGGUGUGCAGGAAGGUGCAAAUGUGUCUGAAAGUAUGAAAUUACACUUGUUCCUUGAUAGUGAUCACAGCGAGAAGUCAGAACACGAUGAUGAUGAUGAUGAUGAUGAUCAUAAGGAAGAGGAGAAUAAUAUAGAUGAAGAGGAGGAGGACCAUGAACCAGUGGUGGAGAGACGGAUAUCUAUAAAAGCAUUAAAACAACCUCUGCAAAGUAAAGGAGGAGAUGCUCCUCGGGUGGACUCCAAUAAAAAGUUUUUACUGGAAUCUGAAGAUGAGAGUGAAAAUGAGAACAUACCCGGGCCAAGUGAUGAUGAUGAUGAUUUUAUUGAUGAUGAAUUUGAAAACAAUAUGGAGGAGGAAAACUAUGAACAAGUUGUAGAGAAACGAAAAUCCAAAAAAGCGUCAACUCAGCAGCUUCAUAAUGCACUGGGAGAUGGGCUGUUUGUAAUAGAUACAGCUCCUGGGGUGGACCCCGGUAAAAAGUAUUUCCUGGAACCCAAGGGAGGUGAAAAAGAAGAUAAGGAGGUAGGGGAAAUGUCAAGCCCAGAGGAUGAUUAUGAAGAAGAUGAUGAUGAUGAUUUUAUUGAUAAAGAUGAGGAUGAAGAGGAAACUUUAUUGAACAGACCUAAAAGUGGCUUAACGCUGUCAACCAGUAUAGACACAGGAAUCAGCCUAAAGGAGAUGGGAGGUCUGUACAUCAACUUUGAUGCGGAGAGGCCAAACCCGGGUCCGAGUCUUCUUAACAAAAUGAAGAAGGAAAGUAAAAAGAAAGAUGAGCUGCUUCAGAAAAGUGUCAUAACACCUGACUACGAGAAGAAAGAAAGUGUCCCGCCAUAUAUGGAAUCUCAGCGUAAACUUAAAAAAUUACGGAAGGAGGAAAGGGAUAAAACAACAGGAAGGGGAUGGUUUGACAUGAAGGCUCCAGAACUGACUGAAGAAUUGAAGAAUGAUCUGAAGGCUUUGAAAAUGAGAUCUGCUAUGGACCCAAAACAUUUUUAUAAAAAGAAUGAUCGUGAUGGCUUUCCAAAGUAUUUUGAGGUUGCUACAGUUGUGGACAACCCCAUCGAUUUCUACCAUUCCCGAGUUCCCAAGAAUCAGAGAAAGAGGACAAUUGUGGAAGAACUUCUUUCAGAUUCUGAAUUCAGGAGAUAUAAUAAAAAGAAGUUCAAAGAGAUCAUUGUAGAAAAAGCUGCUCGUGCAGAAGGCAAAAAGAACCGAAAAAAGAAAAAAUUUCGGACAUAACUUGCACAUGGAAAAGUGUUGUCUUAUUUCCUUGUUACUGUCGCUCAUGCCCGGCAGUAAGAAACUUGCAUCAUAUACUGAACCUGAAGACUGUAAGGAGAAACUUGUACUUCACAAUCUUUAUUGUGAAACAUAUAUCGAGCCUAAUUUUAGUUAGGUCUGCUAUAUAGGUUUGUAAAAAUACAAAAUAAAUCCUAUUUUUUACAUAUCGAAGAUCAAAAGCCUCAAAAGGUAAAGCCAAAUUUACACCUUAAGGGUCUAUUUACACGUCCGCAAUUUCUUUCCGCAUUUUGCGGACCCAUCAAUUUCUAUGGGGCAGCACGAUGUGCUGCCCAGAUCCGCACUCCCGGGUCUGCAAUUCCGAUCCC